UCCAAAGAAAACGAAUUCAAAACCUUCUCUCAAUCAGUCUAACACUUCUUAAAUUCGGCCGUUGAAACAAGAAACCAAAAUAAAUCACUGGUCAACAAAACCCUCCAUCCAUCUCAGAUAAAAAAAAGGCCUCAUCUUUACUCUCCUACUCAUUGAUCCCAUCUUCUUCAAUCAUCUUCAAAAUUUCCAUAUUGAUCUCUCAAACCAACAUAAAUCCUUUGGCCUUUUCUAUCUGCGUCACCGACAUGGCUUUCCGGCGACCAUCUUUCCCCUGGGGUCUUCUCCUCUGCGUCCUUCUACUCUCCACUUCAUCUCUUGCCCGCAAAACCCACAAAAUCCGGGGACCCAUCAAGACCGUCGUCGUUUUGGUCAUGGAAAACCGCUCCUUUGACCACAUCCUCGGCUGGCUCAAGUCGACCCGACCCGAUAUCGACGGCCUCACGGGUCACGAGUCCAACCGCCUCUCCGUCGCCGACCCGACUUCCCCCAAAGUCCACGUCACCAGCGACGCUGACUUCAUCGACUCCGACCCGGGCCACUCCUUCCAGGCCAUCCGCGAACAGAUAUUCGGAUCCAACUGGAGCACCGGCAACCCGCCCCGGAUGAACGGGUUCGCCCAGCAGGCCGAGUCCAUGUCUCCGGGAAUGUCCGCCACCGUCAUGAGCGGCUUCAAGCCGGAGGUCCUCCCGGUCUACACCGCCUUGGCGAACGAGUUCGCCGUCUUCGACCGGUGGUUCGCCUCCGUUCCGGCGUCGACCCAGCCGAACCGGUUCUACGUCCACUCCGCCACGUCGCACGGCGCCACCAGCAACGUCCGGAAGGACCUCAUCCACGGCUUCCCGCAGCGCACCAUCUUCGACUCCCUGGACGAAAAUGACCUCAGCUUCGGGGUUUAUUACCAGAACAUCCCGGCCACUCUGUUCUUCAAGAGCCUCCGGAAACUGAGACACGUGGCGAAGUUCCACAGCUACGCCCUCAAGUUCAAGCUCCACGCGAAGCUCGGGAAGCUUCCGGACUACGCGGUGAUCGAGCAGAGGUACUUUGACGUGAAGGAGAUGCCGGCGAAUGAUGAUCACCCGUCGCAUGACGUGGCGAGAGGGCAGAGGUUCGUGAAGGAGGUGUACGAGACGCUGAGGAAGAGCCCGCAGUGGAAAGAAAUGGCCUUGCUUAUUACGUAUGAUGAGCACGGUGGGUUUUAUGACCAUGUGCCAACGCCGGUGGAGGGCGUUCCUAGUCCUGAUGGGAUUACUGGGCCUGACCCGUUUUACUUCCGGUUCGACCGGUUGGGGGUUCGGGUGCCUACUAUACUUGUCUCUCCCUGGGUACAGAAGGGUACUGUGAUCCAUGAGCCAACAGGGCCAACACCACAUUCCCAGUUUGAGCACUCUUCUAUUCCUGCAACUGUGAAGAAGCUUUUCAAUUUGAAAUCCAACUUCCUGACAAAGAGAGAUGCAUGGGCCGGUACUUUUGAGAAUUACUUUUACAUCCGUGACACUCCUCGUGAUGACUGUCCAGAAACUCUUCCAGAGGUAAAGAAAUCACUGAGGCCAGGGGAACCCAGGGAAGAUGUCAGCCUCUCAGAAUUUCAAGUUGAACUGAUCCAACUCGCAUCCCAGCUCAAUGGUGAUCAUGUACUCAACAGUUACCCCUAUAUUGGCGAAAGGAUGAAUGUUCGUGAAGCCAAUAAUUAUGCAGAGGAUGCUGUGAAGAGGUUUUUGGAAGCUGGAAGAGCUUCUCUUAAAGCCGGAGCCAAUGAGUCUGCAAUCGUUACAAUGAGACCAUCCCUCACUACCCGAGUUAAAAUGCAAGAUCAUGGUUCGUACCUAGAAUCUGAAUGAUAACCCCUUCAAAAUUAGCUACUGUAGAUAGAAAUUAUCACUAUAUCUGUAUAUAUAGACCUAGUAAUUAAAAGUACGAGAAUGUUGAGUCUUUCACUACUUAUAUGGCUCAUCAAGUUAGCUCAAUAGCCAUUUAUAUGA